AUGCCCAGUGAAACCACGACUAGCAAAGUAUCAUUAUCCAUAAAACCAACAGAAUCCAGAUGGUUGGCUAUAGCUAAUUUGCCAGAAACGGCUACAGAAGAUACAAUCAAAGAAUGCUUUAAACGACAUGGCCAUGUUCGAUCUAUUAAAAUCGAUGAUCAACGUUUUGCUUUUGUCGCUUUUUUGGAUGUACGCACAGCAUCGAAAGCACAUAAUGCAGAAAAUAUUCUCGACGAUAAACGAUUACGAACAGCAUUUCAUGAUGGUUCAAAUUCAGUGCCAAAAGCACUUUUAGAACCAUCACCACAACUGAUUCAACCAUCAUCUUUAUCGACUAAUCUAUUACCCGAACAACCGUCACCAUUGAUUUCUUCGACGGUUGUUGAACCGUCAUCUUCAUCAUCUUCGAACACAUCGAAUAUAACAACAGUGACAAAUUCGGUAUCGACUAAAACAAUAAAUGGUGAUCGAGAUAAACGUCUAUCGCGUACACUUGGCAGUCCUGAUGAAAAUGUUCGGCAUCAAGUCGUUCCAGUUAAACGUGAUUCUGAUUCAUCAGGAAGUAAAAGAAAAACAUCGUCAACAAAAAAUUCGAAAACAGCGAAUAGUUCACAUUCAACAAUACAAAAACCACCACGUCGAAAACAUGAAAAUUCUUCAUCAUCUUCUUCGUCUUCAUCGUCAUCCGAAUCCGAACGAUCGAGUGAUGAUAGUAUUUCAUGUAAAAAUCGUCGUCGUAAUCCAACAAAAGCUCAUUCGUCAUUAAAUGAUCCAAUGGGCAAAACUCGAAUAUUAAAAAUUUACCAUUUACCAUCGAAAACUCCUAAAGAAUCAAUGCGUGAAUCAUUAUGGAAUUUAUUUGUUGAAUUUAAAAAAUCAGGCCGUUUAUUAACAGUUAAAAUCGACGGUGAACAAGAAUCACGCUACGCAUUAUUAACAUUCAGAAAAUCUACUGAUGUCGAUAAAGCUUUAACAUUUGCAAUAACUAAAUCUAUAGGAGGUUUACGAUUGAAAGCUGAACCAUACGAUGGAAUAAUAAAUGAAAACGAUGAAUGUGAUAUAAUGAAACGUUCAGUGUGUCCAGAUCCUGAUUUUGAUGAAUAUUCUGUAAAAGCAACACGUACUUUAUAUAUAGGAAAUCUUCAGUCGGAAAUAUCUUAUAAUGAAUUACGCGAAGCAUAUGCAGAAUAUGGUGAUAUUAUUGAACUUGAAAUAAAACGUCAAACACAAUCUCCACAUCAGUUACCAUUUGCAUUCGUUCAAUAUGCUGAUAUUAAAAGUGUUGUUAAAGCAAUGAAAGCUUUUGAAUCGAAACUUGGACGAGAUCACUCAAUUAAAUUGGGAUUCGGUAAAAGUCAACCAACAAAUGUAUUAUGGCUUGAUGAUUUACCUUUAAGUAUAACCGAAUCGUCAAUACGAAAUUUUAUAAUUCGUCACACGAAUUUACCUACUUGUGAAGUCGUUGAUAUAUUUAUUGAUAAUCGGAAUAGUCAUAAAAGUCAAACAGCCCAAUGUUUAAUUUAUUUUACUGAAACACGUGCUGCACAAGAAGCAAUUAAUUCGAUACGUGGAAAAAAACUUGAAUCGAAAAAAAUACAAGUAGAUUUUGCUAGUAAAGUGUUUGUUACCAGAUUUUCGGAUAUUAUUGAUGAAACUAGUCAUAAGAAAAAUUAUGGUGGUUAUCCGCCUGAUUCAACAUAUCAUGGAGAAUCUCGACCUGUAUCAAAACGUAAUGGUACAGUACGUGAAAUUGUCCCCGAAACAAUUCAAACAUUUGAAACUGCAUCUACUCGAACGAAUAGUAGUGAUCGAUGGUUAAAUGCAUAUAAUAAUACUAAUACUAAUGCUAAUAAUACUAAUAGUAAUCGAUCACAACAUAAAAAUGAUUCAAGACAUUCAUCCGAUCGACGGCAUUCAAAAGAAUAUGGAAAAGGAAAUACUAGUACUUUAAUAUCCAUUCCAUCAGUUGAUAAUGGAACUAUUUGUGGUUCGUCAAUAAAUAGUCGACGACAUCGUUUAUCAACUUCAUCAAAAGACAGUCUUUCAAAUAAUCUCUCAUCCAGUCGAAAUAUUCAUCGUAGUAGUCAUGUUCGUCAUCAUGCUUCGUCAACAUCAUCGUCAGCUUCAAGAUCAUCGUCAACAACAAGUCACAGUUCGACUAGUACAAAUAGUCUUGAACAUCGUUCAAAUUCUUAUCAAAAACAUCAUGCAAAUAAACAUCCACAUAAAACAUCGAAAAAACCUUCGAAAUCUCUAGCAAAUAACAAUUUGAAAUCAUCUGGAAAAAAAUCUUCAUCAAAUAAAGAACACACAACUAAAUCUUCGAAUCGUUCUCGAACAUUAAAAACUGAAAAAGAUACCGAUUCAUCAACAAUCAUUCCAAAUUCUCAACAACAACCAAAUGUAGCUAUUCUUCCUAGUUUAGCACUUGAAGAUCAUCUAGAAAUAAUAAAAAAAGAACCAACAUUAUCACCCAAACAACAACAACAACUACAGCAGCAGCAGCAGCAACAACAACAAACAGCAGCAGCAGCAGCAGCAGUACAUUCUUCAUCAUCACCAAAAGCACCCUUGAAAAAUACUGAACGUGUUUUUGAUUGGCUCAUGCAGAAUCAUUUACAUGAUAGUAAUAGUUCAAUGGGAUUAGAUCAAAAUGAUGAUGAAGAGCAUUCAUUAAAACCAAAACCUGACGAUGAUAGUCUUGAAAAUGUGAGUGACGAACAAACAUCGAAAACAUCACCACCUAUUGAAACAAAUAAUUUAACAACGUCAACAAAUAUUAAAUCAGUAUCCGCAUCAGCUUUACUAAAAAAUGCUAAAAAUGAAAAAGCUUCAUUAUUAUUAUCAUCAUCAUCCUCAUCGUAUCGUCUACAGCCAAUACGUGCUGGUAGUAAACGAGAUGAACAAGGUGAUAAUUUAUCAACAAAUGACGUUCAUUUAUCACCAUCACAAUCAUCAACAACAAUAACAAAAGAUGAUCUUGACAAUCAUGUGAGUCAUCGUCGAAUACAUAAAACAAAAUAUCAUUUAGCAACAAAUCACACAAAAACAAUUCCACUAGAUUCAGUAUCGUCAUAUGAUCAAUUAGAUGUACGUUUAAGAAGUUAUCCAUUGUUAUUUAAUGAUCAUGUUGAAUCUAUUCGUUUACCAUUUCCACAAUUUGCAUUUGAACAUAUUAAAACAUCAACAACAGCAUCUAAUGUUCUUGUUGUACUUAAUCCAAAAGCACAUUUAAAACAUUCAUCACUCGGUUUAAAUAAUCCAUCAUCAUCUUCAUUGUUAUCAGCAGCAGCAGCAACAGCAACAGCAACAGCAACAGCAACAGCAACAGCAACAGCAACAGCAACAACAGCAACAACAACAACAACAACAACAACAACAACGCCUACGGUAACAACAACCACAACAAUAAAAUAUGAUCUAUCAUUGGAUACAAAUCUUCUUAAUAAUACUAAUACUACUAAUAAUAAUAACGAUGAAGAUUUAUCAACAGCACGUAUACCACUUGAUGAACGUAUUAGAUUAUUAGAUAAACAAAUGUACGAAAUGAAUCAUGGACAACAAAAAUCAGCAACAUCAUCCUCAUCUUCAUCAUCAAGUUCAUCACUAUCACCAGCAAUACUUAUUGAACAACAGAAUUUAAAAUCGACAGCAGUAACAACAACAACAACAACAACAUCAUCAAUAAAUCCCAAUAUCACAGUUAAAAGUGUUAAUGAACUUGUAUCAACACUUUCAGCAUCAGCACCAUCGACAACGCUUGCUCAAUGUAUUCAAGCAGCGCGUGCUGCUGCAUUAAAUGCUCAGCCAGCACAAACAAUAUUACCAUCUAAAACGACACCAACAAUUUCAACAACUUCACCAUUUCAUUAUCCAGUUACAGCUGUGCCAACAUUAAAUUUAAAUCGGCCUAUAUCAGUAACAACUUCAUCAUCGGCGAAUAUUUCAGUAUUAACACCACCACCACCGCCUCCACCUCCAGCACCAUUUACAAGUUUGCAACGUUUAUCUGAUCCAUCAUCAAAUUCAAUAUUAAAUACAUUUCAUGCGGCUAUUGCUCAAACACAACUAGCAGCAACAAAAUAUAAUUCAAUGUCAUUUGCUAAUACACUUCAUCCUCCACCUCCACCAGUACCACCAUCACUCAUAUCACCAUCGCUUCAUCUUAAUACUUCAUCGAUAACAUCAACACUCGGUACUUCAUCGAAUAAUAGUCUAAUAUCAUCAUUAAAUAUUCCUUCUCAUCAUCCUCCUACGCCAACAUCGUCAUUACCUAAUCGUUCAAUUUCAACAAAUCUUCUAAGUUCACCCACAUCUAAUAUUCCAUCUGUAUCACCAUUUUCUGAUUCAUCAAUGAAUUCACCUAGUACAUCGUCAGCUAAAAUUCUUGAACGUCUCGGACCAUCUGCUAAAUUUAAACGUAAACCUAUUCCACCACCAUUAGUUGUUAAUACAACAUCAACGACACCAACAACACCUACCAAUAAUAAAGAUUCUCCUACAUUACUAUCACCAGAAUUGACAACGCCGACUAAUACUGGAUCUAAUAUACAUCGUUCACCAGCAACAAUUGCUUCGCCUGUUCUUCAACACCAAACAUCAACUGGUUUAAAAUCUAUAUUGAAACAACGUUCAUUAUCAAAUCCAUCACCACCGUCACCAUCACCAACAAAUGAACGAAAAGCAUCAACAAAUUAUGUAUCACCAUUAGCAUCAAAUGAAACACGUUCAACAUCACAAAUAACAUCAACGAAUAGUCGUUCAACAUCAAUUGAUUCAACAACAAAACGUACACCGCCAUCAACACCAACCGUAACAAAUGAAAAGAAAAAAUCUCUUAAUCAACAAGAUACAAAUGUAUUUACAAAUGAUAUUGAUGAACGUCAAGGAGAUGAUAAAAAAUCUACAUGGCGUUCACCUGCUACUAAGCAAACAGUUGUGAGUGAAACGAAUGCGACGAAAAAACCAACAUUAGAUAAAAUUCCGAAAAAAACAUCAACAAUAUCGAAACCAACUGUAAGUGAAUCUAUCAAGCCUACACCUAAAGUAACUAAACCUACAAAACAAACAACAUCGGCUGCACCCCUUGGCUCAAAGGUCCCACAAUUAACGCUUGAACGUGUUGAUACAAAAUCUUUGAAGACAUCAACAACAGCAACAACAACUACUACUACGCCCACGACGACGACUGCUGCUGCUACGGCUACUACUUCUACUACCAAUAUUGGAUCAAACGAAAAAUUAGCUAAUAAAUCGUUGAAAUUAAAACGUACUAAUAUUAUACAUAGUGAUAGUGAUACAGAAAAAAGAUCGAUAACAACUGAUGUACAAAAAACGAAAAAGUCUUUACUAAAUAAUGAUAUAGCAAAACGUCAACAGCAACAGCAACAUCAACAAAAACCAGUUACGACCAAAAAAAAUCAAUUAGUUAAAACAAAACCUAAAACUUUAACUAAUACAGUAAAAAGUUCAACAACUUCAGAAACACAUUCAUCGGCGUCAGAUAUUGGCGAAAAGAAAGUUGAACAAACUGUAAUGAAUUCUGAUCAUGAACAAACAUCGACUGAUAAUGGUGAAAUACUUAGAAAAGAAUCAUUUAAUAAACGAACGAAAACAACAAAUAAAAAUAAAAGAUCAAUGCAGAAUCUUUCCAAUUGGCGAGACUUAAGACAAGAUACCAGUAUGUAUGAUAGAAUUAAAAAACGAGCCAGAAGUGAACAAACACGAAAUAGUUCAUUAUCAACUAGUGAUAGUCAUUUAUCUGAUGGAAACAGUGAUGACGACGGUGAUGAUAAUGAUGAUGAUGACGAUGACGACGACGACGACGACGACGACGACGACGACGAUGACGAUGAUGAUGAUAAUAAUGACAACGAUGAAGAUCGAAUACGUAGUCGACCGGUCAAUAUAGCACCAAAACGACAUAAUGUUAUGAGUGACUCAUCCGAUUCUGAAAUCGAAAAGCCGACAAAAACUAAAACUAAAGCUAAAACCGCAACCGUUUUCGAUAAUAAUGUAUUUGAUGCUGAAGAAAGUGAUGAAUCAACUAAACCUAUGAAUCGUAAAAAGAAAGUUAAUCAACAACAACCGCAACCGCAACAGCCACAACAAGUGAAGAAAUCGGUAUUAAAAACAAAUAGUGAACAGACUAAAAAAGUUGAACCGAUUAAAAAAGAAAAAUUACCUAAAGCUAAUGAUGAACAAACAAUCGCUACAAAAAAGAAGAUAACUGUAACAAAAACAAUCGAUAAAAAGAAAUCAUCUAUACCAGCUACAGUAAAAUCAACAUCAAAAGUAACUAAAACAUCAGUUUCAACACCGAAACGACCAUCAACAGAUGAAUCAAAUGAACCAGCAAAAAAGAUGAAAUUGGAUGAUGAAAAACCUAAAAUUGUUGCAAUUGAAGAACAACCAUCAUUAAUAAAAUCAUCAUCAACAAUAACAACAAUUCAAACUGAAUCAGAAAUUCUACCAAUAAGUAAACCAUCAAUUGUUCUUACAGCACCAUCGGAUGAACCUUCUACAACUCUACCCAAAGUUGAUGAACCACCAAUAGAAACGAAUUCUCAAACAACACCAACUAAAUUUGGUAUUGUAUUUCCUAGUCAUCAUCGUCAUUCAACAACAACAACGCCGCCGCCACCACCAUCAUCAUCAUCGAUUCGUGCACAGUCAACUGAAACAUUAGUAACUCAUGAAACAUCGAAAAAUGCUGAUGAGCGUAUGGAGAACGAUAAUGAAUCAAUAUCUGUUAACAUUAAUAAUAAUGAUACAACUAUAAAAGAUGAACUAAUAACAUCGAAUACAUUAAAGCCACCAACGGUAACAGCUCAGCCACCAUUGAGCGACGAUGAAACACUAAAUCCAGAGACGAUGCAACUUAGCGAUUUAAUUGGUACUAGUCGACAUGAAGAAACAAAGCCUACUCAAUCGCGUUCAACAGCUAGAACAACUGGUAAAGGUAAACGUGGACCAAAACCAGAUACGACUACUAAUAAACGUCAACAAACAAAAGCUAACUCUAUAAUCAGUCAAUCGAUAAUUUCAAGUGAAAAACAACCCGAAUCAAUUAAAAUAUUAGUAGAUUCAACUGCAACAUCAUCUAUAGAACAACCAACUCCAACAUUAACAACUGUUAAACGUCUUUCUACAACAGAACCGGCAUCUGUAUCAUGCUCAGUUAUUGAUAAAGAGCCGAAACGUUUACGAAUAAGUACAGAUGAUUCAAUGUUACCAUCACAACAUAAAAUUGAAACUACUGAAAAAUGUUCGCCAUUAACAGAUAAACAGAUUAAAGAAGAUACUAUUGAACCAACUUUAGUAUCUGAAAAAGCUAAACAAGACACUCCACCACUUCUACGUUCAGUCCCAUCACAAUCACAACUACAACCACUUAUUGAUCAAUCACAAGUGACACCAAUGGAAACUGAUCAAAUUCCAUUAUCAUCUUCGAUAAUAGCAUCAACAAAAUCGCCAUCAACAACAAAUGCUGAAACUGAAACUGUUAUUAAAGCAUUAUGUUCAUCCAUUCCAAUACCACCACCACCACCACCACCAUUACCGAAAAUAUCGAAUCCAGAAAAAAUGGCACCAAUUAUAGCACCGAUAUCAAAAGAAACUUUACCAAUUGUUGAACAUAAGCCACCAUCUAUAACAACGCCUUCUGUAUUACCUUCACAUGUUCCAAUUAAGUCAUCAAUAACAUCAACAACAUUUAAUGAAAAUGUUGAAGAGACAUUAAGCGCUGUUAAUAGUCUUCUUAUGCUUAAUAGUAAUCCUUCGAAUAUAUCUGGCGAUCAUCCAGCAUUGAAAGGUGCUGCACGUAUAACACCAACAAUAAGUAAACCAGUCUAUUCAUUAGUUGCAUCGUUACCAAGUCCAACAGAUCAACCAUCUCGACAGGUAACAACCACAAAUGUUUCAAGUAUUCCAACACAAAAAAGUGAUUUAAUAACAAUGGUAUCAAAUAUUGUUUCAUCAUCGAAUAUUACUGGAGAAAAACAACCAGUCACAGCACCAACGCGUACACCACCACCACCACCACUAUCAUCAUCAUCAUUAUCAUCAUCGUCUUCAUCUACAUCCGCAUCAACAACAGCAGCUACCACACGGUCUCACAUUGAAGAAGUUAUUGAUGAUGUUGCUAAAAGUGCGUCAACAACAGUAACAACUGGAGUAAUAACAGAAGUAAAAACAUCGAUAGUUGAUUCAAAUUCACUCUCGUCAUCAUCGCCGGCAUCAUCAUGUUCGUCCACUGUAACUACAAAAUCAACCUCAAUACCAAAUAUAUUACGUGACGUUAUGAAGACACCUUGUUUAACAACAUCAAAAACUAUUAUAACGCCAACUACAACAACAGUAACAAGUGAAACAUCAAAUCUAUUUGACUCACAUCGUCAUUCGAAAUCACCAUUAAAACCUACAACAACAAUAACAACAACAGCAAAUAUUCCAGCAGCAACAACACCAUCAGCUGCACCUGUUGUACCUAUUCUCGUUCGCCCAACGCUAUCAAAAACUUCAUCCAGUCAUAAACGUUCGUCAACACCUAAGACUGAAUCACUACCAUCACCAUCACCAUCGCCAUUGCUACAUCAAUUUCCGCAUAUGCUUACACCUGAUGGUAGUUUAUUUGCGGCUGCAGCAGCUGCUCAUCAUUCAAAUUUUCCAUUUCCAUUAUUCGCUCCAUUGCCAUCAAAUCCAUCGAAUCCAGUAGGAAAUUCAUCAUCAAAUCUACUUGCCUUACCGCUUGUGUCAAGCUCUCCACCAUUAUCUGCACGACCGCCGUCAACCAAUAGUAGUAGUCCGAGUACAAGUAGUCAUAUUAUUAGCAGCUCAUUUCUGAAUACAAUUAUGGCUGGACAACAGAAUUCGUUAUCAGCAAAUCCAAAUCCACAUAGCCAUGAAAAAGGAUCAAAACGAGAGCCUGUGAACACAAAAGGUUCAAGUACGCCAUCAUCAUCAUCAAAUCGUUCAACAUCGAUUCAACAAACAGUACCAGUACCGAUUGCAUUGACGAUUCCAUCAACAUCAUCAUCUUCUUCAUCAUCAUCAUCAUCAUCAUCAUCGUCAUCAUCGUCUAAUCCAACAACAAAUUCUGUUCUUAAUCAACAACAGCAACCACCAUUAUUAAGUUCACUUGAUGCUGCGGCAGCUGCUAUGCGACAGCAAGGAUCACCUUUACAACAAUUUAUUGGACCAGAUUCUGUUGUACCAUUUCGAAAUGUUUACGCUGAUCCAUCUGAACUCUACGGUGCACCAACGAGUCUUUAUUCAUCGCCAAAUAUGGCUUAUGCUGCAGCUCAACAAAUGCUUAAUGUUAUCGGUAUGACUGGUAGUCAUCAUCCAUCGGCUGCUGCAUUCGCAGAAUUAUAUUCGAAUCCAGACUCAUUUUUUCGUUUAAAUCCUCCUACAAAUGAAUUAUCACGUGACCCAUAUAAUGUUCAAUGGCAAGGAAAUUUCAUACUAAAAAAUGAUCAAGCCUAUGUUAAAACUCAACUUGUUGCUGGUAGUCCACAGAUAGCACGUGCAUCAAUGAAUUAUUGGAAUUCUGAUUCACUAUCAGCAACAUCAACAAAUUUACAAACAUCAUCACAUCAUAAUCUUCGUAUAUCACAACGUAUGCGUUUAGAACAAACACAACUUGAAGGUGUUCAAAAACGUAUGGUAAUGGAUGCUGAUCAUUGUAUAUUAAUAGCUGAACCCAAUGGCUCAACGCCCGAUGAAAUACGUAUACAACAAAACAAUUUAAAAAAUGGUGUUAUUCGAUAUUUCGAUGAAAAAAAAGCAGCCGGCAUCGUCAAUGUUUUGCUACCCGGUGCAUCACAGCCAGCCUAUGUUGUACAUAUUUUUCCACCAUGUCAAUUCGCAUCUGAAAUCUUACAAAAACGUGCACCGGAUACGUAUCGCUGUGUUGUUCAGAAUAAAAUUGAACAAAUUUAUUUGUUAAUUGUCAUAACGAGUACAGUUCAAUAG